AUGUGCUCAUGCAGCCGCCGUCGGAAUAUUCCAGCCGCAACACUGCGUCAAGUGCGCGGGGCUCAAAUACUGCACGAUCAUGAACGGCCAGUUCAUGUUCGACCCCAUCGCUGGCUACUCCAGGUACAGCGCGAACCACAUCAAACGGUACUGAGUCCACUGACGAUACUGUGUACCUACAGAGACACCUCCUUGCAGCUUGAGAAGCAAGGAGUAUGUGAGGACUUAGACGUUAAGACCCUGGCACUCAGCCCGUUCGGUACGCAGCAGCAGUUUAAGGACACGCCGGCGUGCCACAAGCUCGUGUGGAACUUCCACUGUCUGUCGUGGGUAACCACUACGUUCCAUCGCAACGUAAAUGGCACAUCUGUGAGCUGUGCAGCUACCGGAGGGUCAGCUAUGGUACCGCUACCACCGUGCCGAUCGUUGUGUGUGGAGGUGGCGGACAGGUGUGUCUACUCGCACUUCUAUCGGAUGUAUCUGGACGAAGUGUGUGGGAACAUUGCAUGCUUGACGGAGACCCAGGAAGCCAAGGACACCGGAUCCACGGACACCAACGUAGCGGAGGCCACGUGUGUGUCUGGAAGCUGGGUCUAUGCAGAGAACAAGACCUUUUCACGCUGCUCCACCCGCGCGUAUGACCCACCUGUAGCAGUUGCUACACGUCAUGUCAUUUGCAAGACGGUGUCUGUAAUAAGUGUGGUUGUCUUGUGGCUUGUGUGA